AUGUCUUUCCACACAUUCCUUCCGCUUUCCCAGCCCAGCUUUGUUGAAAUGCCACAACUUCUUGGUAUCAAACCAACUCAACAUCGUAAGCCCGUGAACAAGAACUCACUCAAUUUCAUUCUUUCAAAUGACAAGGCCAUCACGACGUCAGUGUUGCUGCCUUCUUUUCCAUGGACUUCACCACAACGUGGAUCAUCAAACAAGACGUUUGCUCCAAUCUUAGCACCACCCUCAGGUCCUUCAAAGAUUGCAAAACGUCGUUGUCUCCAAAAUGCCAACGUGUGGAAUGACAGCACGAAAGUAUCAGGCAAAAAUGGAGUCGUGCUUGUCAAUGGCACAACCAUUAAAAAGGGUAGUAAGUACUGCAUGAUAGAGGGUUGCACGAGUCGCGCCAAGCACGCACGUCGAUGCUGGCGCCACGGUGGAUCUGUCAAGUGCAAAGUUCACGACUGUGCCAAUCGUGCCAAGACCAAAGGGGUCUGCUGGUCGCACGGUGGUGGCACUCUUUGUUCUUUUAUCGGCUGUACAACCAUUUCUGUCUCAAACGGUGUUUGCUGGGCCCAUGGUGGUGGCAAACGCUGCGCAAUGGAAGGAUGUGCGCGUCCAGCCUACGAGCGUACGAAUCAUCUUUGCACGAUGCAUUUUGAGGAGAAGCAAAACAUGCCAUGUCGAAACGAUCACACUUCCUACAACCGUUGUUAA